CCCAAUUCUCCAUCCCUCUCUCUUCCUGAACCAGACAUGGACUCCAUUUACUCCUCUUCUUGGCCCCCAUAAAAUCAAAAAGAAAAAGAAACCAUCCAUUCCCUUGUGUUGGUCCAAGAACCAAAUUUAUGUACAAGUUGUACUAGUUUCUUGGACCAAUUUUUAACGAAAAGUGAUCAAAAGGGAGGCAUACCUGUUAUCAUUUCUGAAAUUUAUGGUCUGCCUUCCAAUCAAUAGCAAGUUGAUUUGGAUCUUUAUGUUCAAUUUGAAUGGUAUUGCAUUGGGAUUUAAGAUUAGAACAAAGAAAUGGGGCCAAGAUUGUCAAAACAGGGUUUCAGGAAGCCUGUUAAUCUGAAUAUCAUGGAUCUCCACCAUAAUCUGAUAAACUAUCUGUCAAGAAGUUUGUACAUACGUAACUUGGUGUCGAAACAGAGAAGGCGAAUGCUUGUUGGCGGGUAUGAUCUUGACAUGACUUAUAUAUCAGAUCGAAUUUUAGCAAUGUCAUUUCCUGCAGAACAUGUGCGAGCAAUGUUUCGCAACCCUUUGUGGCAGGUUAAGUCUGUACUGGAUAUGAGACAUGCAGGACAUUAUAAGGUCUAUAACUUAUGUGUAGAGCAAGCUUAUGAUGCCUCACAUUUUCAUGGCCGUGUGGAGAGGUAUCCGAUGGAUGAUAAUCAUGUUCCUCCUCUCCAAAUGAUCAGAGAAUUCUGUGAAGAUGUGUACUCAUGGCUGUCAAAUGACCCCAAGAAUAUUGCUGUUAUACAUUGCAUGGCAGGUAAAGGGCGGACUGGUUUAAUGGUUUGUUCAUACCUAGUUUACACUGGCAUGUCAGCUGAGGAGGCUCUUCGGGUGUAUGCUGAGAAACGAACAACCAAUAAUGAAGGAGUAUCAAUUCCUAGCCAACGUAGGUAUGUCAGAUAUUGGGAGCACGUACUUUCCUUCUCAAAGGGUGUUCCUCGUGGUCCUCCAACUGUCAAAUUGCCCAAGUCAUGUAAGAGAGAGCUCCGUCGCAUUAGAUUAUAUGACACUAUAAACGUUGAAUCCAUCUUCUUCGUGGUAUCUGAAUUGCAAAGAGUUCCAGGAGAGAAGUAUUGUCCACCUGCAGAAGUCUCAAAAAGUUGCUGCAGACGAAUUAAGAAUGGUAUUCAGCGAACUUAUAGCCCUCGAUAUUUUUAUUCCUUUGUUGAGGAAAAUGAAGAUGAGAUGAAACAAGAAAAGAAGGAACCCCGUUUGGUUGUCCAAAUGGACACUGAAAGUUCAAUGCUCUAUCAGAAAACCUGUCUGGAUCAUUUUUACGACAAACCAGUGCAAGUCAGUGGAGAUGUACGUAUCACAUUCUACGAAAAGCUCAUUGGAGGACGUCUCUUCUAUGCUUGCUUCAAUACUGCUUUUAUUAGGAAUGAUCUACUGCAGUUUUCGCUACGAGAGCUAGAUAAAGUUGGAAAAAAGGGUAGGUCCAUGACUGGUUCUUCAUUCUGCUUGGAGUUGUUCUUUGGUCCAGCAAAUGGAAAUUGUUUGCCAACACCUCCUUUACAUGAAGAUAAUCUUAGUGAUUGUUAAACUACUCCAUAUAUUAUCAAAACCCCUUAAAUAUAGUACAAUUUAUAGUGUUGUACAUUUUACAUUUCAAUUGUCUUACCAUCUAUUUUUCAGGGGAUGGAAGACUAGGAAGAUUUCAAUAGUUUUGUAAGUAGAACUUGAGGGAGUAGUUAUAAGAACAAAUGUUUCAUCUUGAAACUUGCAUGCCUAUCCUAGAAUCUAAUGGAAACAAAAUUCUUAGAAUUUGAAAAGGAUCUAGGUUUUUUGGUUGCAUUUAGUAUUAGAAUUUGAGGGCCAAUAGUAUUCUCCGUUUGGUCCUUAUAAUAAACUUCAAUAUUAUAGUUGAGUUCAAUAUUAAUGAUUGAACUUAUAUGCA